AUGCGACCCGUGCGUGGAGAGAGUGCACUAAGGAUGCAGAGAUUCAUUGCAGCCACCGCCGUCGUUGCUGCUAAACGUCUAACCACUGAUUACGCUAUUUCGUUGCGACGAUUGUGUACCAGUAAAAGUGAGGCGAUUCCUCGUCAACAAGCAUCGACUUCAAUGGAAAACUUUGAAGAACGUGCGAAGAAAUUCUUCAUUUUCGAACAAAUCGAACCAGAUGUGUUCAGAACAUCGAAUCUGAGUACGAUACGACAAGGCUCUACCAAGGCUGCAUAUGGUGGUCUGAUUUUUGCUCAAGCAUUAGCUACUGCUGAAAGUACGGUACAAGAGAAAUUCAAGCCACAUGCCAUGCAUUCUUUCUUUAUAUUAAACGUGGAUACUUCAAUACCAGUGCAAUAUCAUGUACGCCGCGUUCGUGAUGGUCGAUCCUUUUGUACACGAACAGUUGAAGCUGUCCAAGAAGGGAGGAUAGCUUUCACGCUUCAAGUCUCUUUUCAUGUGAUCGAACCCGAUGCGGCUGUUCAUCAAGAUACUAUGCCUGUUGUACCAUCAUGGAAAGAAUCGAAAUGUAUGUCUGAUACUAUCCCUUGGUUAAAAGAGGAAAUAGCUGCAGGAAGACUAAAAGUGAACCCAGCAGUUCACCGACGGAUACACUUUUACGAGAGUCGGGCAAAUCAAAAAAAUGGAGACUUGUUCCAGCUACGACCAACGGAUAUAGAUAGACAUAUUGGGAUUGGCAAGCGGUCUACAUCCAGAACAUUUUACACUUGGUUCAGAUCAGUUGGAGAUUUAGGAGAUUGUGAAAAGCUGCACAGAUAUCUUGUGGCCUACAAUACGGAUGUGACCAUGGCUGGAUCGGCCUUUCGCCCUCAUUAUCACAAUGACUUUGACCCGAGUAUGAUUUUCUCACUGGAUCAUAAUGUGUGGAUGCACCAGCAUAUGAUGCGUGCUGACCAAUGGUUGCUUUUUGAGAACACCUCAACAGUUGCUGGUAGAGGCAGAGCGUUCACUACUGGUAAACUUUGGAGCGAAGAUGGGACAUUAAUUUUAAGUUGUGCUCAAGAAAUUCUUUUACGGAGCCGAGGAAUUGUAUCUCGAAUCUAG